AUGGGCAAUUCAACAAGUGUCAUAAUUACAAAUUUAAAUACGAUUGGUUAUUGGAUAAAUCAAAUUUUUCUACCAAUUACAAUUAUAUUGGGCACAUUUGGAAAUUUAUUUAAUAUUAUUAUAUUUACUCGUCCAACAUUACGGAAAAAUCCAUGUGCAUUAUACUUUUUGUGCGGAUCGAUUAAUAAUUUCUUCACUUUGUAUGUGACUAUUCUGUCACGUUAUCUUAUAGUUGGUUGGAGUAUCAAUGCAGCGAGCUACAAUGAUCUUUUAUGUAAAUUACGUAACUAUGCCAUAGUUAUUUUUAUGAAUCUUACAUUAUGGUUUGUUGCUCUGGCGAGUAUCGAUCGUUAUUUUGCUAGUUCACCAAAUGCUAGACUUCGGCAAUUAAGCAGUUUAUCUAUUGCUCGAAAAAUUAUCAUAUUCACUGUUGUAUUUACAUUUUUAAUUUGUUUACAUUUCCUUAUUUUUUUAACUGCUAGUCAACAAUCUUAUUGCCAGGCUAGUUCAUUUGGAUACGCAGUGUUUUUCCAAAUCUUUAUUGUGCUGACUGGAAGUACCAUUCCAAUUAUAGUGAUGGCUAUUUUCGGCAUUUUAACAGUGAGAAAUGUUUCCAGCAUUCGUAAUCGUAUCACUCCUCAAGGAGACAAUGUACAAAAUGAACCUUUACGAGCAAAUGAACGUCAAAUGCACAAAAUGCUUCUAAUGCACUUAUUGGUUUGUCUUAUUCUUACUGUUCCUUAUGGUAUUACUAGUAUUUACGAUCCAGUUAUUCGAUAUGUAUUUCUACGGACUCCGUCAGCAUAUGAUACAGCUAUUUAUAAUGUUACAUUAAAUAUUACUCGAGCAAUGUAUUUCACUACUACUAUCAUUGGAUUUUAUGUUUAUACAUUAACUUCUCCAAGGUUUUCAUCUGAAUUCAAACGUUGUUGUCGAUAUGGACUGAAAAUUGUUCUUACUACAACUAAAUUAAUUCAAUGUUUACCAAUGAGAUUUCAGGAAAUAGUUCUUGGAGAGAAUCUAAUGAAUACCAACAGUGCGUCUAUGACAGCAAGCAGAGGAAAACGAAUAAUCCUUCUUCAACGAGAACAACAGCAACAAACAGCAGUGCAAACAACUGGUGUAUAA